AUGAAGUUCGCUGCGGGUUUUCGUGCAGGUGUCCUUACUUCCGUGCUAAUAGCUACUCUUACAAAAGGAUACACGUUCAUUGAGACUACUGACUCGUCAACCGACUCAGCAGCUAAGGAAGAAAGAAUCGGACUGAAGAUUAACAAGGAAGCCCGCAUCUUUGGUGGGUCCGAGGCCGAUGCAGCCCGAUUUCCAUUUAUCGUUAGUCUUCGCAAGGACACAGCUAGUAGUAACACCUAUUGCGGUGGAACACUCAUUGCAUCGCAGUACGUGGUGACAGCAGGUCACUGUGUCAUGACGGAUGGAACUACGAUGUACGCUUCGAUCGGAUCGGCUUUUGGCUCGGGAUCUAGUGACGGACAACAGAUUCAGGUGAUCAAGGGAUAUCGCCACCCUCUGUACAACACAUCUGCGCAUCGUUAUGAUAUCGGUGUGCUCAAACUCGAAAGAGGUGUGCCGACAAAAACGAUUGAGCUGUGCGCAGCCGAUGGAACGGACAACGAGGUUGGCCAGAUUGCUACUGUCGGAGGUUGGGGACUCACUGAAAAUGGAUCGCAAAGUCUCUUGCUGAAGAAAGUCGACGUACGUAUUAUUUCCAAUGUCGAGUGCAACAAGCAGUAUAGCAAUCGUAUCACGAAAGACAUGCUGUGUGCUGGCGGUGGAAACGGUAAAGACUCGUGCAGUGGAGAUUCUGGUGGUCCACUGAUUGCAAACAAUGUACUGGUUGGAAUUGUAAGCUGGGGAGGCAGGUGCGGUCUCACUGCGGGUGUGUAUACACGUGUGUCAUACGUGCAAGACUAUAUCAACGACAUUCUAAGCGGUGGCAAUGGCAGCACGUUUGCUUCAAGUUCAGUCGAUCAACGAUCAGCGUCAAUCAAUAGGACAAAUACAGGAACAACCUCGAAAGCAUUUGCCUCAAAGACACUUGUCAAAGCAGCUGUGACUACAGCUCCAGCGUUAAUAGCUGCGACUACAGAUGUCCCUACGGGUAAAAUAGAGAGUUCUCUUGACAUAAAGAAGCAAGAAGGGUCAGUCCAUCACGACGAAUUGCGUCUCAACCGUUGUGCUUAA